AUGGAAACGGAUGGAAAGGAAAUCAAUGAUAUUCUUCGCAGGCAUGGCCUUAAAAGGAACAUCGACGUAAUUCAGCUCUACCUCGGCAAGAAAGGAAUUGUCUAUGUGCCUGAUUUGUCACAAUUUCCCAUGCUGAGAUAUUUGUGGCUGAAUGACAAUAAGAUCAAGAAGAUUUCCUGCCAAACCAUCAAUUGUUGCUUGACUGAACUUCAUCUGCACAACAAUGAAAUUACCUCUAUCUCAGGUGCCCUGAGCCACUUGACUUGUCUGCAGGUUCUCCUGCUGCAUAAUAACCAGUUGAGGAGGCUGGAUGAGUCAGUGACAGAGCUAAGGAGAAUGCAGUGCCUCCACACUACCAGUUUUUUCCUGAACCCCCUCACACAUGACCCUCAAUAUCGUCCCUAUAUCAUCCAUCACUUGCCAUCUGUUCAGAUUUUGGAUAGAAGAGAGGUGAAGCAGAAGGAGAGGGACACUGCAUUUCGACUUUUCAAUCCCGAGCGGCAUCGUGUCUCGCAGUCUCUGGCAUUUGGCAGAAGGGCAGAGCCUGUCAACACACAACAGGAAGUGAGCUGCGAUGCUUUGGUGCCGAUUUUCCAUCAGUGUUACACGACGGAGCCGUGCUCCGUUCCCAGAGGAGCCGAACAGCCUGUAACACGGGAUGUGCUCUCUCAGAGUGAGAUCCAGCAGACUCGUGAGCUGUUCUGCGCAGACCAUUCGUCCUCUGGGGGGCUACUGUCACGCUGGUGUGUGGGGAUCUGGGGGCAGCACUGCUUCCAAACAUAG